CCCAAUCUCAACCCCAGGAGCGGGGGAUCCUCCAGCAGUUCAGCUUGUCAUUAGGUUGAAAGCCAUGACUGAGAGGAACUUCUCGGACGACGAGAUCUUCCUUUAUCUCUCGCACCGCCCACAUUACAUCCUUGAUGGCGUGAUCUCAGUUGACGAGUCGACUAAGCUAGUAUUUACAACCAUUCAACGCGAGUGCCGAUCGACUCUCGGACAGCUUGACAACCUACCGCUCGAAAUUCUGCACGAAUCUUUCAGAUACCUGGAUCUCCAGUCCCUAUCGCGCCUAUCUCGCGUCUCCCUGCGCGGUAAAGCCGUCGUUGAAUCUCUCCCAGUAUAUAGAGAUCUCGCGAAGUCCGCCGGUCAUACCUUCGAGAUCCUGAAUCGGGCGAGGAUCCUUAGCCUUCACUCUGUUACAACACUUCAUGCAGCCCUCUAUACUGAGCGAUGCAUAUCGUGCGGCGCAUACGGAGCCUUCCUACUAUUGCUCUCUGCUGAGCGGUGCUGCUUUUUAUGUCUGGUGGUCAACCAGUCUCUCUGGAUGCUCCCAUUGCCGGCGGCCCGGGAAUGCUUCGGCCUUACAAAGCAGCAAUUGAAGGCGCUGCCCAUUAUGUGGAGCAUUCCUGGAAAGUACUGUGUCCCACGUAGCAAAUCUCGUCAACGAUCAAUAAGACUUACCAGUGUAAAAGCUGCAAAAGAGCUAGCUCUCAAGGUGCAUGGGUCAAUUGAGGCAUUGGAGAUGAAACACCCUUUGGACCCCCAAGCUCAUCCAGCUUUCAAGACCGACAUGCUGACAUGGUACCGACAAGCGCCUUUGUGUCCACUUUCGCAGGACCCUCUUACAAUAAACGACGUGGGAAUCAGACCCGACAAUGUCUUCGGCGGUAUGGGUGCCAUACCCUUUCCAUCACUGCUCAAUGGUGGCACUGAGCAGGGGCUCUGGUGCAGAGGAUGUGAAAUGACCUAUGAUACGUAUAUGAUAGAGGGGUUGGAUGUCAGUACUUUGUCUCGCCUGGUACCCCAAGGUUGCCCUGCUGAUCUAUUUCUAUUGAGAGUGCAAUACCGAGCUUGGUCCAAAGCAGGCUUUCUCCAGCACGCGAAGCACUGUCAUUCCGCUGCUGCAGUCAUUUCCCAGAGAUGGAUAGGCUUGACGUAGCGAGGGUGGAUUGAUGAGUCGAAUUGAAUCGCAAUAUUCCAUAGUUCAUUCUUCCUG